AUGGCGAAUCCCGAAAGCAAGCAUUAUAUCAUUCCACGACCAAGGAAUUGGUACAACUUCAUCGUUGCGCUCUUCGUAGCUUUCGGGAGUCUCAGCUAUGGAUACGCCAGUUCGAUCAGCGCCGCAACGAUAGGACAACCUUCGUGGUAUGACUAUAUGGGGCUAGAGCAAGACAGCUCAUAUACCAACUCGAUCAUCGGCGUUAUUAAUUGCAUAUACGCCGUCGGAGGUGUCUUGGGAUGCAUCUACAAUAUGUGGGCUGCAGAAUAUUUCGGACGCAAGAUCUCGAUCCAAAUGGCCUGUGUCAUGGCGAUCUUCGGCGCUGCUUUGAUGACGGGAUCGCAAAACGUUCCCAUGUUUGUCGUGAGCCGUGUCAUCAUGGGCUUUGCCAUCGGAAUCCUGGUUACGCUUGUUCCACUGUAUCAGUCUGAAGUGUCUCCAGCCGAGUCCCGUGGCCUCAUGGUUGGCCUUCAUGGGGUGCUCAUUGGAUUCUCGUACGCCCUGACGGGGCUUGUAAGCUACGCUUGCAGCUUUGCCCCCUACGGAGAGUUUCAAUGGCGAUUCCCACUAGCGGUUCAGAUGAUCUGGCCUCUGAUCCUCUUCAUCGGGAUGUUCUUUCUGCCGUACUCUCCUCGUUGGCUACUCAGCCAAGGCCGCGAAGAGGAGGCCUGGACUAUCACCAAACGACUGCAUGCAAGCAGACACGAUCCAGAGGAUUCGUACGCGCUGGCAGAAUUCCGGCAAAUGCGUGAGCAAAUCGCGUUCGAGAAGACACAAAGCGCUGCCGGGCCAUGGGCUCAGGCCAAAUAUGCUUGGAGUCGACCAAGCUUCCGGAAGCGGCUUGGCCUUGGUAUCCUGGUUCAGGCAGGUAACCAAGCCACUGGCGCCCUCGUGAUCAACAAUUAUCAGACGGUGUUUUAUAACCGCUUAGGGAUUAGCGGAAGAUUACCAUUGCUUCUGGUGGGCUGCUUCAAUUUGAUUACGGUACCAGGAAAUCUGAUAAACGGACUGCUUGUUGAUCAUGUGGGACGAAGGAAGUUUGUCUUGACUGGGAUUGUGGCACUCACCAUUAUCGUCUCUGUUGAAGCGGCCUUGACGGCCCGGUUUGCAGACACCGGAUCGGACAACAAAGUCGGGCUUGGAUUUGGAGUAGCCUUCAUUUUCAUGUUCCCCGUAUUCUACUCCGUCUGCCUCGAUGCCACCAUGUAUUUGAUUCCGGCGGAAAUAUUCCCCAUGAUUAUUCGAUCGUUCGGCAUAUCCUUUAGCAUCAUGGGCCAAUGGAUCGCGACUGCUGUACUCCUCGGAGCCGCACCCACGGCAUUCGAGAACAUUAAAUUCGGAUUUUGGAUCGUUUUGAUUGCUGGAAGUGUCGUGUAUGGGGUUCUAGUGUACUUUUUCUUGCCCGAGACGAAAGGAAUGACAUUGGAGGACAUCAGUAUUCUCUUCGGUGACCCUGUCGAAGUAACAUUCGCGAAAGCAAUGGAGAAGUCAGAGAACACAACAGAAGGAUAUUCGCAUGCCGAGGAAGGAGAUUCCAAGGACAAACAUCAAGCUUUAGGGGAAAUAUUCUAGGCACCGGGCUAAGAACAUCCAUAUCCAAGAAAGACACCGGAGGAUUAAUAGAAAGGAUAAACGUGUCGUGAUUGAAUAACAGAUCAGGAGCAGCAGGAAAACCACAACCCGGACGUCUAAAUUCAUGUUUCGAUUAUCAAGCAACUUCAAACGUCACUUCUCUUCAUUAAUAGAUAACCUCAUCCAUGGCAAUGGCUCAAGUUGCAAGAUGUCAAAGACCUGAAAUACAAAGAGGUUGAAGAGCUGAAGAGUUGUUUUGAAGAGUUGAAGCA